AUGAAUAUCACGGCGAUGAUUUUCGCGGUGCUUAUCGUGGACGUGGUGGAUUUCGUGGUGCCGGCGGCGGUGGUGGUGUAUCACCGUAUGGUGGAUAUGGGCCACAAAAUAUGGGCUGGCGUGCUCGUGGUCCUGGAAAUUGGCGUGGUGGCCGAGGUGCAUUUGGCGGCCCGCCAAGAGCCCCCUAUGGAAGUGGCGAUGUUGACGAUGCGCAUGGAUUUGAUCGACCACGAGGUGAGCAUGGACUACUAA